AUGAAGCUGAUGGCCAGACUCUCCAAGGAUGGGAAAACUAUACCUCCUGAAGACUACAUGUACAUGAAAGCUCUGUACCAUUCUCUUCCGAUGCAAUAUGUGACCAUUACAAAGCUUCACAACAUGCUGGAUGGUGAAGCCAACCAGACAGCAGUUCGUAAGUUAAUGGACAGGAUGGCGCAAGAGGGCUACGUGGAAGCUUCUAGCAACCGCAGGCUAGGGAAGCGUGUGGUUCACUCUAGUGUAACCGAGAGAAAGCUAAAUGAAGUCAGAAAAGCUCUUGCCACAGACGAUAUGGAUGUGGAUGUUAACGAACCUAUAAACAAGACCAACGGCUUAGAGGCCAAAGUAACCGCAGAUGUAUCUACAUGUGGAGGCAUCCAUUCCAUAGGAUCAGACUUCACACGUACGAAAGGAAGAUCUGGGAUGCAGCAGAACAGCUCUGUUCUGAGUGAACAGACCAUCUCCAAAGCUAAUAAUAACACUCCAACUAGCACUAAAGCACAGCCUGUGGCUUCGAGGGAGAGCUUUGCGGUAAAUGGAGAGGCUGGUAAAAAUUGCAAGGACGUCGAAACAAACUGUAGCCAAGCCUCGCAGGACAAGCGUUGCAGGAAAACCAGCAUGGUGAGAGAGCCUAUUCUUCAGUACUCGAAGCGCCAGAAAUCUCAGGCUAAUUGA